GUCAAUUUGAGUAGGGGUAGCUGCGGUUGUGGGUUCUGGGUAGUAGGUUCGGUUUUGAAGCUUCGGCCUGUGGCGCCUGUUUAUUUUUUUAUUUGUAUUUAAUGCGAUAUGAUAAAUGUUAAAGAGGAAGUGCUGCUUUGACGUGUUUAUAAAUACAUGGAAGAUUGGACUUUGGAAGCCAGUGAGUAAACCAUGAAUUUUAAUGGUCUUGAUUCUGGCCUUGGAGAAUACACAUCACCCCUGCACCCUGGAAUCAGCACUUCCCUGGAACGCUCAAUUGAGCAUUCGCUGGAUCCCAGACUUGACCCAACCUUGCUGCAGAAUAUGGAAUUGGAAGGAGAUGGCGUCCAGUUAGAUGGCAUGUCGGUCUCUGUGUCUGAAUCUGUACAUCUUGUGGAAGGCAUGUAUUCAGAGCUGCACACAGUUGUUGCAGAAGUUGGAGUCCCUGUAACUGCAUCACAUUUUGACCUUCAAGAUGAAUUGCUUUGGGUGGGAAAUCAUGGGGGCCAUGCAACCUCUUUUUUUGGUCCUACUAUGGAACGAUACUCAUCCUUUCAAGUUAAUGCCACAGAUGACAUACGUCAGAUACAGAGCAUAGAAAGUGGAGUUCUCUUUUUGAAUAAGAAUAACCUCAAAUGCUUUACUCGAGGAGGUCUUAUAAUGUUUGAUUAUGUUAUGGAUGAAGCUGAGGAUAUGCACAGCCUCCUUCUCACUGACAAUAAUUCUGUUCUACUGGGGGGCCUUCAGAAUCAUGUCCGAGAAAUAGACUUAAAUGCAGUACAAGAAAGUGAAAAGUACACAGUUGAGGUUCCAGGAGUCACAAUCAUGCGGCAGUCUAACCGCUUCUUCUUUUGUGGCCAUACAUCAGGAAAGGUAUCUCUCCGAGAUUUAAGAAGCUUUAAGUUGGAGCAUGAGUUUGAUGCUUACUCUGGAAGCCUUUCUGAUUUUGAUGUACAUGGGAACCUGCUGGUGACAUGUGGCUUCUCAAAUCGAAUGAAUGGGCUGUCUUGUGACAGAUUCCUCAUGGUAUACGACCUUCGCAUGAUGCGGGCUAUUAGCCCUUUGCAGGUUCAUGUGGAUCCCCUCUUCCUGAGAUUUAUUCCUACAUAUACUUCAAGGCUAGCCAUCAUCUCUCAAUCAGGACAGUGCCAGUUUUGUGAACCAACAGGCCUUGCAAGUCCAGCAGAUAUUUUCCAUGUAAACACUGUGGGACAGUUGGUUAUGACAUUUGAUGUAUCCUCUAGCAAGCGAGCAUUGGUGUUUGGAGAUUCUGGAGGGUGUGUGCAUCUAUGGGCAGACUCGCCAGAUGCUACAUUUAAUGCAUACUCCCGUGAGACUGAGUUUCCAAUGCCCUGCAUGGUAGAUACACUGCCACAUCUGGACUGGAAUGAUGAUCUCUUGCCUUUAUCCCUCAUUCCAGUACCUCUUAUCACAGAGUCUCUGUUGUCUGACUGGCCAACAGCCAACUGCGUUGUUACACCCAGACGAGCUCCACCUGUUGACCUUGAGAUAUUGCGUACAAUGAAGAAAGUUGGGUUUAUCGGUUAUGCUCCAAAUCCCAAAACAAAGCUGAGAAAUCAGGUUCCAUAUAAACUGAAGGAGAUGGAUGUAGAAUUUGACAACUACAAUCAAAUCCCAGAGUCUCCUAUUGGAAGGGAAGAAGAUACUCAUCUCUACAUGGUCCCGAAGAAAUAUCGAAAGGUUACUAUCAAAUAUUCAAAACUUGGCUUGGAAGAUUUUGAUUUCAAGCACUACAACAAGACCUUGUUUGCGGGGCUGGAGCCACACAUUCCCAAUGCUUACUGCAACUGCAUGAUUCAGGUGCUGUAUUUGCUGGAGCCCAUCCGCUGCCAUGUUCAAAACCAUCUGUGUCAGAAGGAGUUUUGCUUGGGCUGUGAACUUGGAUUUCUGUUUCACAUGCUUGAUCUCUCAAGAGGUGACCCAUGUCAGGCCAGCAAUUUUCUUCGAGCUUUCCGAACUAUUCCAGAGGCAUCAGCUCUGGGGUUGAUCUUGGCAGAUUCAGAUGAAGCGACUGGGAAGGUGAAUCUGGGCCGACUUGUACAGAGCUGGAAUCGGUUCAUAUUGACACAGCUACACCAGGAGACACAGGAGCAGGAAGGUCCACAAGCCUAUCGGAGUGUCAUGGGGAGUACAUUUGGAUCCUCUGGUGAAUCUGUGAUAGGGAAGCUGUUUGGUUGUGAAGUUGAGAACUGUAGCACUUGCCGUUGUGGGAAGGAAACUGUUCGAGUUUCUUCGAGCCUGCUUUUUACCUUGCAAUACCCUGAUAUAAAUACUGCUGACAAAGCUAUUCGACAGUAUGAAUUUGCUGAAGUGCUGAAGAGAAGUAUUUGCCUUGAACAGAACACCCAGGCCUGGUGUGAAAAUUGUGAGAAGUACCAGCCCACGGUUCAAACCAGGAAUAUUCGAUGCUUACCUGAUGUUCUUGUUAUUAACUGUGAAGUCAAUAGCACAAAGGAAGCUGAAUUUUGGAAAUGCCAAGCAGAGUAUGAAUUGCGCAAUAAAAUGAGGAAGGAAGAUUUGGAAGCAAUAAAAAUGAAAGAAAAUAAUCCAACAGAAUGGGAAGCACUUUGUAAUGCAGAAGGCCUGAGUUUCUAUACAUCAAUUGAAGAAUUGAAAAAUAUUUGGAUGCCAAAUUCUAUCAAGAUGAAGCUGACUAAAAACAAGGAGCUAGAAGUCACAAACUGGACUGAAAACGAAGGCCUGUCUCCUUUAGAAGAUGAGGAGAACACCUAUUUGUACGAUUUGGUGGUGACCGUGGCCCAUAUUUUAGAUCCUCGGACAGGUGGCAGUCUUGUGGCUCAUAUUAAAGUUGGGGAAACUUAUCACCAGCGGAAGGAGGGUGUCACUCAUAAACAAUGGUAUCUGUUUAAUGACUUCCUCAUAGAACCAAUUGACAAGUGUGAAGCUGUGCAGUUUGAUUUAAGUUGGAAGAUCCCCUGCAUUCUGUACUAUGCUAGACGGAAUCUGAAUUCAAAGUAUGAUUUAACCAUAAAGAAUCCAAUUGAAGCUAGUGUUUUGCUGGCAGAAGCAUCUCUAGCUAGAAAGCAGCGAAAGUGCCAUGCAACUUUCAUUCCACUAAUGUUGAAUGAAAUGCCCCAGCCCAAUGAUUUAGUGGGUUUGGAUGCAGAGUUUGUCACACUGAAUCAGGAAGAAGCAGAGCUGCGCAGUGAUGGGACAAAAUCCACCAUCAAGCCCAGCCAAAUGUCGGUAGCAAGGAUCACAUGUGUACGAGGUCAGGGACCAAAUGAGGGAGUUCCCUUCAUUGACGAUUACAUCUCCACACAGGAGCAGGUUGUGGAUUACCUGACUCAGUAUUCUGGAAUCAAACCUGGGGACCUUGACGCCAAAAUCUCAUCUAAACACCUAACCACCUUGAAGUCAACGUACCUGAAACUAAGGUUCCUCAUUGAUGUUGGAGUGAAGUUUGUGGGACAUGGGCUGCAGAAGGACUUCAGAGUCAUAAAUCUUAUGAUUCCAAAGGAGCAAGUGAUAGAUACAGUCUAUUUGUUUCACAUGCCUCGGAAAAGGAUGAUUUCAUUGCGUUUCCUUGCAUGGUAUUUUCUAGAACUCAAAAUUCAGGGCGAAACACAUGACAGCAUAGAAGAUGCGCGCACAGCACUGCAACUCUACCGCAAGUACCUGGAAUUGACUAAGCAUGGCACGGAUGUAGAUGAAUUCCGAAAAAUACUGAAAGGUCUAUAUGAGAAAGGCAGAAAGAUGGACUGGAAAGUACCAGAGUCUGAAGAAGUCCAGAGCAGUCCAAAAAGCUCCCAAUUUUCCCACCUCUGAUGGGUUAAAAUGUGAAGACAUCUGAAUGAACUAUCUAACCUAAUGAGGAGUGAAUCUGCAGCAUUUGAGGGGAAAAAAGUUUGUAUUUUUUAACAAAUUCCAGAAGAAACCCGUUUCUAAAUGAGACGGCUUGCAAUGGUGCUUGACUGUCACAGUAUUUUACUAUGGAACACUGAUCUGACUGGAUGAAGAAUGGGAAAGAAGGUCAGAAUCUUAGGAAAAAAGAACAAUAAGGAGUCACUUUGAGGAAGAUGGCAACAGUCAUGUUAUGAUAUAAAACUAGAGAAUGCUGGAAAUGCUCAAAACCAGACAGCCUCUGAGGAAAAAGAGUUGAUGUUUUCAGGUCAUUGACCUUUGCUAUGAUUGCACGUGUCACUGUUGAGGACUGGCAUUUUGUCAAGGCUUCCAAAUCUCCAGAGGUUUCUUGACAAACAUUCCAUGCUUUUUGUUUUGGU